GAACAGCGGGCUUCGAGUCGUCUGGCAAGACUGCGGGCACCGAGUCGUCUGGCAAGACUGCGGGCACCGAGUCGUCUGGCAAGACUGCGGGCACCGAGUCACCUGGCGGAACAGCGGGCAUCGAGUCAACUGGCGGAACAGGCGGGCACCGAGUCGUCUGGCAAGACUGCGGGCACCGAAUCACCAGGCACGGCAGUGGGCUCUGACUCAAUUGGCACGACAGCGGGCACCGGGUCAUCAGGUACCGGAUUGUCUGGCUCGACAGCGGGCAUCGGGUCACCAGGUAUGACAGCGGGCACUGGGUCACCAGGCAUCAGGUCAUUUGGGCUCGCCAGCGGGCACCGCGUCAUCUGGCAAGGCAGUGGGCACCGAGUCACCAGGUACGACAGCGGGCUCUGAGUCAAUUGGCACGACAGCGGGCACCGGAUCAGCGGGCUUCGAGUCAACUGGCGCCUAAUAGGAUCGUCAGGCUGGAUCAGUUCAUCAUGCUGAGUAGCGGCAUCAGGCUGAAUGCAGGCAUCCGGCUGAGUAAAGGCAUCAGGUUGAGUAGAGGCAU